ACACUCUGUCUUGGACCUGCCCGCCUCCCAAUGGCGACGGGGCAACAUCUGGGUAUCUACGCUUUUGGUCCGUCCCUAGCGAUGGGACGCCGGGAAGCGGCAUGACGUUCGGUGUCAAGAUUGAGGAAGACUUCGUGAUGGGCAAACCUAAGUCGUCUCGCGUUUUCAUUUACGUCGGCUCGCCCACCGGCAAUCCGAACGCCUGGACGGACGUAACUGAAAAGCUCGCGCCGGAAUACAGCUUCCCCGUCAAGGGACCGUCCUUCAUUGAGAGUUAUGAGGUUACCAUCCAGCGGCUGCUUGGUCCGAGGUUCGGCGUCAGCAUAACCAUCAAGACUCUGUAUACUGAGUGAUUCUGGAUCCGAAAGAUAGCUCCCUCGAUGCAUCGAUGUUCCGUUCAUGUGUCGGCUUUAUGUGUACCGCGUUUGCAAAUAUGAGAAAAAGGUGCACGAAUGAAUCGAUUUUGAU